UUUAUAUCUUUUGAAGAAAAGAAGGACAUUGUCUUCUGUGAGAACUGAGAAACAGGGUCCCUAAGCUGAACAGAUCCUCAGGCUUUGUUUCUGCUUUGCCUUCAUCUCCAGGUUCCAACCAAUGAAAUCUUAUGUCAUAUUCUCUAUUUCUAAAAACAUGUAUCUAAAAUCGGGAUAAUGUUUAUCAAAUAUAUGGGCUUCUGCUGUUCGAAGCAAACAAGUUCAUCUCAGCGACAGUAUCCAACAGUGAUAGAAGAGUUAUGCCAUCAAUUUUCACUGUCUGAUAUUAGGAAAUCAACCAACGACUUCAAUGAAAAACAAAUAAUUGGAAGUGAUGACCUUUGUAUUGUAUAUAAAGGUUCUUUCCAAUACAAUGGUGUUACUGAGUGUAUAGUAGCAGUCAAGCGAAUGAAGGGAAACACCGAAGAAAAACUUAGGCAGUUCAAGAACGAAAUUGAGAUGCUCUGCCAGCUUCGUCAUCCAAAUUUGAUCACUCUAUUAGGAUUUUGUAACGACAAAGACGAGAAGAUUAUCGUAUAUGAGUACAUGGCCAAUGGAACACUCCAUCAUCACCUAUAUCAUAGUGAUGCAAAAAAGGUACCACUAACGUGGAAGCAGAGGCUAAAGAUCUGCAUAGGAGCAGCACGUGGACUACACUAUCUUCACACAGGUGCCAAGCGAAUCAUCUUUCAUCGUGACAUAACACCUUAUAAAAUUCUUUUGGAUAGCAACAUGGUGGCCAAACUCGUAGACUUCCGAAUUUCCUUAAAAGGACCACAUUAUGCAUCAAAGCCAAAACCAAAGACAAUAUCAAAAGAUGGCUUUAUAGGUACAUAUGGAUAUGUGGCUCCCGAGAUUUCAGAAAACAAUGCUUUAACAGAUAAAUGCGAUAUUUACUCCUUUGGUGUAGUUCUACUAGAAGUGGUAUGCAAAGACAAGUUAAAAAUUGUUGAGAAUAGGCAGAGGCAGCCUGUUGAAGAGAAUAUUGAUCCAAGUCUGAAAGGAAAGAUUGCAGCAGAAUGUUGGGAGGUAUUUAUGGAUAUAACAGAAAGAUGCUUGAAGUUUGAUCCAAAUGAGCGACCAGCAAUGGGUGAAGUAGAGGUUCAGCUUGAGCUUGCUCUGUCACUGCAGGAAAAAGCAGAUAUCAGAAAUACUUGUGAAGAUUAUACCUUAUUAUCUUUGACUACUCUUAAUUAGUCCUCGACCAGAAUAGACUCCAACUUUAGCUGACUGAAAACAAAAUUGAUGGAUGAUGGAACUACCAAGGUUAUCUCAAUGAUAACAGAUUAACAGUGCAACCGAUUGUUCAAUCACAGUAGAGCAUGUUAAAUGUUGUGUAUAGGUCCGCUGAUGUGGAGUCGAGUUAUUGCUUAGUCAAAUGUUUUAAAUAUUUAUCGGUGUGUGAUGUCAAUUAUUUUGUAGGCAAUUAUAAAGUUUACGGUUAUUAUCUUUUAAGUGGUUGUAAUGUUUUCUUGUAAAACCGGAUGAAGUGCAGUUAUCAAAAGCUGUUUUCUGUAGUUUUCUU